AUGAACUCGACUGUAUCCCAAGUUUUGGUACGAGACUCAUUCAGCACAGCAUUUGCAAAGAACUUUAUUUUAGUUGGGGUGUGGCUCAGCAUAAGCUUCAUCAAUAUCAGUGUGGUGGCCACCUUCUUCAGCAACCAGGUCUUUUAUGAAGAUCCACGCUAUAUUCUCUUCAUCCACAUGGUCUUUAGUGAUGCCGUGCAGCUGACUGUGACAGUUGGCCUGUUCAUUGUAAGCUACAUCUCUUACACUAUUAAUGUAUCAGUUUGCUGUGUUUUUAUCCUUGUGGCUGUCUUUACAACACGUAACACACCUGUUAACCUGGCUGCCAUGGCUGUUGAACGCUACAUUGCCAUUUGCCACCCUCUGCGUCAUGCCCAGAUCUGCACUGUACAUCGCACCUAUCUCCUCAUUAUCUUAAUAUGGCUUAUCUGUGUAGUCCCUGAUACCUCUGACCUCUUUGUUACUCUGGCUACAGAACCCAUUAGCUUCUUUCAAAGUUCUGUAUUGUGUAUACGCCAAAAUGUUUUUAAAGACCCGGUGCUUUUAUACAAGAGGCAGGCCUUUGAUGGAAUCUACUUCUCCUUAGUCUUCCUCACACUGGUUUACACAUACAUAAAGGUCCUGUUUGCCGCACAGGCUGCCUCUUCUGAGAAAACAUCAGCCCAGAAGGUGAGAAACACUAUUCUACUUCAUGGAGCUCAACUUUUCAUGUGUAUGCUUUCUUAUAUUUCUCCAAGUGUUGAUGUCAUCCUAAAUCUCAUCUUCCCUGGACAAGUCUCGGGGAUCCGAUAUGCCAACUAUCUUACUGUUUACAUUAUGCCACGUUUUUUAAGUCCAAUCAUAUAUGGUGUUAGAGAUAAAAAAUUCUUCAGCCAUCUAAAAAGAUAUUUCAUAUAUUCUCAGUGUAAAGUCAGCAAAAAAGUCAAUCACCAAGAGGAAGAACAUUAA